UUAUUUAUUUUGGCGGGAGGUGUGCACACUCUUUUCGCCAGGCCAGGGAUUGAAAAUUUUAAAUAGUUAAAUUAAAAAAAAAAUCAUGGAUCUUAACGAUGCCGUGAUAACGUGCGCGGUUAACAUACAAUGGACAAAUGCGGUGGGCAUAACGGGCCGCAAGCUCACCUACAAGACGGCUACGCUGCGUUUGGUGCGAAACGAUUUGCGUGAAAUGUUUGUGGAAGUGACGCCCGAGAAGCUGAAGCCGCUCAAAUUCAAGUUGAAGGACAUAAUGGUGCACAAGAAGUUCAUGAAUGAGGGCAAGGCAACGUUCACCUUUAAGGCUGAGCAAUGCGCACUCUACCUGUCCAAUGCACCGCCAGGACCCUUAAUGCUCUUCCUGCGCACGCUGUUCAUCAAAAUGAAUGGAGCUGGCGAGGGAGUGGGUGGGGGAGGGGACGAGGCGACCAUGCAGAAGAAGCUGCGCGAGCACAUGCUUUCUGGCAAGCCAAGCAGCUUUGAGGACAUCUCACCCGUGACCACAGCCGAAAUGGUUUUGGCGCGUAAAAAAGCGGGUCUAAUCACGCGUGGCACGACGACGACGCCAUCGCCACAGGCGGCUAAAAAGCGACGCUUCGAGGAGCUGAGGGGGGGUGCUGAGGAUAAGAGCAGUGUGCCCGCUGCCAAGAAACUGUAUCAGGAAUCACCAUUAGCCGCUGGCGAUUCAGAGGAUUCGUUGCGUUUGAGUGAGGAGCAAAUGGAAGUGCUGCGCGCUUGCACUGCCGGCAAGAAUGUCUUCUUCACGGGUUCCGCCGGCACCGGCAAGAGUUUCCUGCUGCGUAAGAUUAUCUCGGCAUUGCCGCCGGAUGGCACCGUGGCCACGGCGUCUACGGGUGUGGCUGCCUGUCUGAUUGGCGGCACCACACUGCACGCCUUUGCCGGCAUUGGCGGCGGAGAUGCCACCAUGAAGCGCUGCCUGGAGCUGGCGUCGCGUCCUUCGAGCGCACAAACUUGGCGCAAGUGCAAGCGCCUGGUUAUUGACGAGAUCUCCAUGGUUGACGGGCAGUUCUUUGAGAAAAUCGAGGCUGUGGCACGUCACAUAAGACGCAAUGAGCGUCCCUUUGGUGGCAUUCAAUUGAUACUCUGUGGCGACUUCCUGCAGCUGCCACCUGUGGUCAAGGGGGAGACGGGAGCACAGCAACGUUUCUGCUUCCAGUCGAGCGCCUGGGAAAGCUGCAUCCAAUGCGUCUAUGAACUAAAACAGGUGCAUCGUCAAUCCGAUCCGGAAUUUGUCAAGAUACUCAAUCAUCUGCGCAUUGGACAUGUCAACGAUGUCAUCUCGAUUCGCUUGGUGUCCACCUCAAAGCAGAAGAUCGAAGGCAACGGCAUUUUGGCCACUCAACUCUGCUCCCACACUAACGACGCCAACUCCAUCAACGAGUCCAAGCUGGAGAACUUGAACGGCGACAAGGUAUUGUUCCGUGCCGAGGAUUCGGAUGCCAACAUGAGCAAGCAACUGGAUCAGCAGGUGCAGGCGCCAUCGCAGCUCUAUCUAAAGAUCAAUGCCCAGGUGAUGCUGCUCAAGAACAUCAACAUAGCCAACGGAUUGGUCAAUGGCGCCCGUGGUGUGGUCGUUCGCAUUGAGAAGGGUCUGCCCGUGGUGCGUUUCAAGAACAACCAGGAGUACGUCUGCCGGCACGAGAAGUGGAUCAUCAAGACGGCAGCUGGUGGCGUCCUGACACGUCGCCAGGUGCCGCUUAAGCUGGCCUGGGCAUUCUCCAUACACAAAAGUCAGGGAUUAACCCUGGACUGCGUUGAGAUGUCGCUCUCCAAGGUGUUCGAGGCUGGACAGGCUUAUGUGGCUCUGUCGCGUGCCAAGUCGCUGCAAUCUGUACGCAUCUUGGACUUUGAUGCCAAACAGGUGUGGGCCAAUCCACAGGUGCUGCAAUUCUACAAGAACUUCCGUCGACGUCUCAUCGACACCAGCAUGAUACCGCUGGGACCCAAGAAUAAGGACAAAAAGCCAGGCGAUGCCACCACAACCAGUGCUCUGGCCAAGCUCAAGAAAAGCCUCAUGAAUAAACCGCUCGUAUCUAUAAGUUAGUAAAUUAAUUUAGCUGAUGUUUUAGCCAACUUUUAAGGACUGAUGAAGACAAGGCUUUUCACUUUGAGCCGCUUCCUUGUGACGCCUCAAAGUCCAGAUCCUUGUCAGAUUAACAUUCUAUAAAAUUUAGACAUUUAAUAAACUAUAGAAAUGAUUAAUUGCCUUAGCUAAUGCUUUAGCCAACUUUUAAGGACUGAUGAUGACAAGGCUUUCCACUUUGAGGCGCUUCCUUGUGACGCCUCAAAGUCCAGAUCCUUGUCAGAUUAACAUGCUAUAAAAUGUAGACAUUUAAUCAACUGUAUAAACUAAUUCUCAACUGGU